CCGGGAGAGAGAGAGAGAAAGACCCCAAAAGAGACGGGGGGAGCCAAGGACGCACCUGGGGGUGUGGGACCCGCGGAAAGGCGGCCAAGGGUCCACCCCAGGGAGCCCUGUCCUUUCCCCCGCAGCCUUCUUGGGAAGAAGCGCCUUCCAGAAACUAAAGCUGGCGUCCUCUGCUGCCUCCAAGUUGGCUCUUUCUCCAAACUUGUUGGAACCGCGCUUCCUUUCCUCGGGUUUCUAGGACGCGCAUGGGAAGCUCUCCUCCUCCUCCUCCUCUUCCUCCGCUUCCCUGGGAAGUGUUGCGUGCCUUAUGGCGAGCCCAUCCCGGGUGCUUGGGGGGCUGAGAGGGGCCCAAGCUCGCCCAGUGGGAGCAGCCCUUCCAGGGAGAGCGGCCCCGAAGCGCACGGGCCACUCCUCCGCCAACUUCCCCGCCAGGAAACCCCGCGGAGUUCUUGUCCCGCGUGGCGGGGAAGUUCACCUUCAGGCUUCUCCCGCGCUCCCUUCCUCGUUGCCUCCGGGCUUCCCUCGGCCUCCCUUGAGCUCUCCGUUGGCUUCUCCUGGGUCCACCGGGCAUGGAGGAGGCGGGCUCCUUGCAGAAGAACCGCUCCGCCGGUGGAGACAAAGCCGAGGAGCUCUAUCCCAUUUGGGCGGUGACUUUCCUGGCCCUGGUCCUCAUCAUCACCACCGCCGUGGACGUCCUGGGCAACCUCCUGGUGAUCCUCUCCGUCUACAAGAACAAGAAGCUGAGGAAAGCAGGCAAUGCCUUUGUGGUCAGCCUGGCUGUUGCAGACUUGCUGGUGGCACUGUACCCUUACCCGCUAGCCCUUAUUGCCAUUUUCCAUAAUGAUUGGGUUAUGGGAUACCUCCACUGUCAGGUGAGUGGAUUCCUGAUGGGCAUGAGCGUCAUAGGAUCCAUCUUCAACAUCACUGGUAUUGCCAUCAACCGCUACUGCUACAUCUGCCACAGUCUAAAAUACGAUAGGCUCUUCUCCAUCAACAACACACUUUGUUAUGUGGGCCUUGUUUGGGCUCUUACCUUGCUGGCCAUCAUGCCAAACCUCUUUGUGGACUCCCUGAAAUAUGACCCCCGGGUGUAUUCUUGUACUUUUGCCCAGUCCGUCAGCUCUCUCUACACCAUUAUGGUGGUGGUUGUCCAUUUCUUCUUGCCCAUCACUAUUGUCAGCUACUGUUAUCUCAGGAUCUGGAUCCUGGUACUCCAGGUGCGGCGGCGUGUCAAGCCAGACGUCCGGCCCAGAAUCAAACCUCAUGAUUUCCGGAACUUCCUGACCAUGUUUAUGGUCUUUGUUCUCUUUGCUAUCUGCUGGGCUCCACUCAACUUCAUUGGCUUUCUGGUGGCAUUGAAGCCAGCAUUGGAUUCCUCUAUACCAGCAUGGCUAUUCACAGCCAGUUACUUCAUGGCAUACUUUAACAGUUGCUUGAAUGCUGUGAUUUAUGGAGCACUGAAUCACAACUUUAGGAAGGAAUACAAGAGAAUAAUUCUGACUCUAUGCCAGCUGGCUUUUAGAGCGGACUAAAAGAAAUCCACUGAAUUCAAGCAGGAUUCGAUCACGUAAAGGUGGAUAAAGCUUACAUGAGUCUCCUGUGAUCACAGGAUAGUAACUGAGAACAUAACAGAGUAUUUGAUGGUUUGCUCUCUGAAUGCAGUGAGAUUUGCGAGUUGCACUUCAGGACAUAACUCGCAUAGCAAGUCCUGACUUCUUAUCCGUAAAAUCACGUUGGUCACAGAUAGAGUUAAACCAAGUAAAUUGUAGCACAUAAUGCAUUAUUUAUUCCAUGAACUACUUUCCAGGCUCUCAUAGAUUUUUGUGCUUGCUUUCUACAGUACCACUAAGGCUGAGACUUCUUCUCAGAAGGUUUCUGAUAUUCCCCAAAUAGGUUUUAUUAAAUGCAGGGACUGUGGCAAGGAUAACUGAUCAGUGCAUAUGAGUUAUCUUUUUUUAUGCCUCCCUCUCAAACACUGUCCCCAAUCUGAGAUAGAAUAUGCAUAGAGAUAAAUUGGAGGGGGCUUCCAGAUUGAGAGAGGAAAACUUGAGUAAUUGAUUUCCUAGAGAGAUGUAGCUCUUGAAAGCCUAACACAGUGAUUCUCAAAGUGGGCACUACCGCCCCCUAGUGGGCGCUGCAGCAAUCCAGGAGGGCGGUGAUGGCCACAGGUACAUAUAUCUUUCUGUUUAAUUGCUAUUAAAAUUUAAAAAAAAUUAAUUUCCAGGGCACUGAGUAAUAUUAUUUUCUGGAAAGGGGCCUAACACAUUUGUGACAACUGUCAUGAAGUAUCAUCUAUCAGAUACAUGAACUGCUAUUUAAAGAUAACUCCUCCACCUAGUCUUGUACUAGAUGAGAGAAAAACUGUUUUUCCAUUGUAUGCACAAAACUGACCCCGACACACAUACGCACAUCACCCCUUUUGCAAGAAAGUGAGCAAAAUUUGCCAUGGAGUAGAGUGAAGUUGGAGCCCCCAGUGGUGCAGUGUUUUAAAGCGCUGAGCUGCUGAACUUGCAGACCAAAAGGUCACAGGUUCAAAUCCACUGUUGGUUAGUAUUCAGAAGUGAUUGGGUUAAUUCUCAAGUCUCCCCCCACCCCCAUCAUGAAGAACACUAAGCUAUCUCUUUAAAAAUUGUGUGAGGAUGUAGAAGACUACAGUAUAAUGAAUCACAACUUCUUAGAGAGCAUAUAAAACCAAAAAAAAUCAUUGUUUGUUUUUCAGGAGCUCAUUUCAGUGAAUGUAGCACAUACUUCCAGAAGUCUUGUAAGCGAAUACUAGUAAUAUGAAUGGCCAACAAUAGUAAGAAAAUGAAGGUAGCCGUAAGGAAAAAAAAAUCCUAUAGACAUACCUGUCAAGACUGCAAGGAAUAUAUUCUAUAUUUCAUUGGAAUUCAGCAUUAAAUGAGUCCAGAUUUUAUUCAGGAUUUGAAUGACUUGAGAAACCUUUGAUACACAGUAAUCUCUGACAUAAACUUUGCAGUGAAUUCCAUUGUCAUUUCCAAGAUCACUGAAGAACAAAAAAACCAGGGCAAUUUUUUCAGAUCUUUUGCAAUUUCCAAAGAUAUAGGUUGGUCUGUUUCAGCAGAAAAAGGAAAGGAGGGAUGAAUCCAGAAAAAUCUUUAAGUCUAUGAUUUACACUUUGUACAUUCUACUGCAUUGGAAGACGUGAGUUUAUAUACAUAAAAUCUCAUGCAAAAAUAUAACAGUCUUAAAUAUAGUGCAACAUUUUUGUUGUUGUUUUUCUUCCCUUCCUCUUUUCUGAAGUGUUCCAAAAAACCAUCAGAAGACAAUAAACUUGUCUUUAGCAUUUUAAUGUCACGAGUAAAAAAAUGUUCUAUGGUUGAAGUAACUUUUGUGACAUGCCUAAUAGGGACCAAAGUACAAUAAAAGAAUGCCAUUUGAACAAUC